GGAAUCUACACACUCUAUCCUCUUCUUCAUCCAUGUUGUCUUCUCAUCUUCACUCUCAGUUCACUUGUGACUCUGACUAAACCCACUUCUAUGUCUCCGUCUUUAUCACUUCAACGACUUCAGUCUCUAUAGCACCCUUUGCUAUCAUACACAGCACUUUUGUGUAAAAUGGAAACCAGUAGCGGCAACAACAGCAGUAACAUGAUGUGGUUUUUCAAAGACAGAGGUUUCGAUGAUAACAUCAUCCAAGGAAUGUUCAAAAAAUGCAAGCGCCUCGAGAUGGUUCAUCAAGAAAGAGCAAGUGAAAAUUGGGAGUAUUUGAAAAAUAUUGGAAUUCAAGAAAGGAAACUUCCCUCAAUCGUUUCAAAAUGCCCGAAAAUUCUCGUGCUCGGCCUCAAUGAGAAGAUUCUUCCCAUGGUUGAAUGUCUCAACACACUUGCAACAAAGCCUCAUGAAGUCGCCUCUGCUAUUGCCAAGUUCCCUCACAUACUUUCUUAUAGUGUGGAAGAGAAGCUUUGUCCGGUUUUGGCCUUUUUUCAAGCAUUAGGAGUCCCCGAAAAGCAAAUCGGGAAAAUUCUACUGUUAAACCCUAGGCUUAUUAGUUACAGUAUUGAGACAAAGAUGGGGGAGAUUGUGAAAUUUCUGGCUAGUAUUGGUCUUGAUAAAGACGGAAUGAUUGGUAAAAUUUUGGUCAAGGACCCGUUUAUCAUGGGUUAUAGUGUUGAUAAAAGGCUCCGUCCUACUUCGGAGUUUCUGAAGUCAAUUGGUCUGACUGAGCAGGAUCUUCAAAUGCUGGCGUUGAACUUCCCGUCGAUUUUGAGUAGAGAUGUGAACAAGGUUUUGGUACACAAUUAUGAUUAUUUAAAGGGUCGUGGGUUUCAAGGGAGGCAGAUAGUUGAUUUGGUGGUUGGUUUUCCGCCUAUCCUAAUCAAGAGUGUUAGGAAUUCUUUAGAACCGAGGAUCAAGUUUUUAGUAGAUGUAAUGGGGAGACAAGUUGAUGAAAUAAUUGAUUAUCCCUGCUUCUUUCGUCACGGCCUGAAGAAAAAGUUAGUGUUGCGGCACAAACUACUGCAGCAGAGGAAUUUGAAUUGCAGCUUGAGUGAAAUGCUGGACUGUAAUGAGAAGAAGUUUCACUUGAAGUUUGGCUUGUUAGAAGGACAUGCCCUGAGUAACUAGGUCUCAUCCCUAUUUUAGUCUGUUUAUGAUUUUCAUAAUUAAUUUAUUAGUUGACUCAUUUUUCGUUCCUUUGAUGGAGAGUACCUUCCAUAUUGAUAUUGUUGUGAUUCUGUAUGUGUCUGAUCUUUUGUUGAAA